AACGGGCAGCUUGGCGGGAACCGGAAGUGUGCGCACCGGGAACCGGUCCCCAGUGAACGCCACCGGAAGUAGUGAUUGCUAGGGGGAUACCCUCGUUCGGCAUGGCGGCGAUUCCCCCUGACACCUGGCAGCCGCCCAACGUCUACCUGGAGACUAGCAUGGGGAUCAUUGUUCUGGAGCUGUACUGGAAGCACGCCCCAAAGACCUGCAAGAACUUUGCAGAGCUGGCUCGGCGGGGCUACUACAACGGCACCAAAUUCCACAGGAUCAUCAAGGACUUCAUGAUCCAAGGCGGUGACCCGACAGGGACAGGUCGAGGCGGCGCGUCUAUCUACGGCAAACAGUUUGAAGACGAGCUUCAUCCGGACCUGAAGUUCACUGGGGCUGGGAUUCUCGCAAUGGCCAAUGCAGGGCCAGACACCAAUGGCAGCCAGUUCUUUGUAACCCUGGCCCCCACCCAGUGGCUGGAUGGCAAACAUACCAUUUUUGGCCGAGUAUGCCAGGGUAUAGGAAUGGUGAAUCGAGUGGGCAUGGUGGAAACAAACUCCCAGGACCGUCCCGUGGAUGACGUGAAGAUCCUUAAGGCAUACCCUUCUGGGUAGAUGUGAUGCUGUCUCGGGCACACCCAGGUCCUCGUCAGCCAUCUUCCGGAUGACCUCGAGUGCCAUGUGCUUCUUGCACACCUCCUCUGAAGCAGAAGGGUCGUCUUUGGGAACAUUUGUAUUCUGGCCAAUGGUCACAGACUUGAAAAGCUGGCAGCGCCGAUGAGGCGCAUUAACUGCACAGCCCCUUCCAGCCUCCAGUGCGCACUUCCAGGAAUACGCACACAGCUCUCCCUGUUUCCCUUCCAGAGCCUGAGCAGCCACGCUGCCGCUGACACUGAACAGCCCACGCAAAGCCAUGUUGGGUUUUUGCCAAAGGAAAAAUGCAUCCAACAAGCAAGUUGCUGAGAAGGUGUCGAGUGGGGAAUGAAAAUGUGAAAUGAUGGAGCCGUGAAUCUCUGAAGGGAAGCAGAGCAGUGCCUAUCCCCCCCCACACACACACAGACACACAGACCCAGGGAGGGAGCAGCGGUCUAGUGAGUACAAGGCCAGGCCUGCACGAGCUCCCACAGGAGGUGACACUCCUAGGGCUUUGGAAAAAGUAGGCAAGAGCUUUUUAUACAUGACAUAAUUCAGUUUUUUUUUUUUUUUUUUUUUUUUUUUUUUAAUCUUUUUGGAUUUGCAGGGUGGUCGGGGUGAGAGGAAGGGUGUUGGUACCUAUGUAAACAUGGAGAUUUCCACAGUAAAGCAUUGUUGCUGGUGAAA